UCGGUUAAAUAUACAGGUUUGGUGAUUUAGUCUUCUUAAAAUACACAUAACAUGGUCAUGACGUGUGAGUUGACAUUAUACUUGUUGUUUAGGCUACACCAACAAUUUGUCUUCUAAUAAUAAACUAGGUGGAAAUGAUUAGAACCACUAAAUAAAUGAGGACCCCACCACCCCAAUAAUUUCCCAAUUGAUAAAAGAAAUUGGUUACCAAUACACAUCUGGCAGUUCAACUAAUAAAAUUGCCUAUGCAAAACAAAACCAUCAUCAACCAAAACUAAAGCUAAAAAAGCACAACAAAAGGCCCACCUCAUUUUGCCACCGCACACACGGCAAAAACAUAUUUAGAACAAAUAAUAACACCGAAUUGGCAGCAUAUCAGUCGUCAUGGCCACACAAGAUGGAGAAGAAGAAGAAGAAGACUUCAGCUUCUCCACCACCACCGAACCACCGCCUCGGUUCAUCGAGUCACCUCGCCUAUGGGGAUGUACCGCCGGAACGCGAAUCCACGAUGUUGAAGAGGAUGAAGAACAAGAUGAAGAAGAAGUAGAGGAGGAAGACUCGAGAAUCUCAUACAAUAUUAUAGAACGUGUUGAAACACAAAGGAGUUCUUCUUCUGCUUGUGCAAGAGAUGAUGAUGAUUAUCAUGAUGAAGAUUGUUAUGUAGAAGAAGAGAAGAUGGAUAUUUUAUGGGAAGAUUUCAAUGAAGAGUUGUUCUCGAGAAAUAGCUCGAAUUCAUACUUCUUAUCAUCUUCAUCAAUGAAGAAGAAGGAUCAUCAUUCUCAUGGGAAGAUGUUGAAUUUUGGAUGUGCCCAUUUUAUGAAAUUGGCCAAACCCAAUAAAAGGGUGAGCUUUGUGGUGUUUCUCAAGGUCUUGAUCAACAAGGUGAUCAUGGUUCAAAAUUCUCAUCGAUCACUCAAGAAAAGAAGUCGAUGAUGAAUCAAUCAUAUCAGAUUAGGGUGUUGAUUUCUUACUCUACUUUUGCUUUUUUUCUUUUUAAUUUAAUGACUUGACUUCAUAGUUUGUCUCUUUUAAACUGUGUGGUGUACAAAAUACAGAUAUACACUAGGUUGUAAUCAUUGAAUACUACACUUAUUUCUUUUCGCUGUGUGUGUAUUCCAGAUAUAUUGAAUACAGAUUUUCACGAAGUACGGUGUAAAAUAAUGACGUGUUAUGUAAUCAUAUGUUCAACUCUUUUCUGAACAAUUCCAAAGGAAUAAAGAAGGAAAUAAAUUUUGUGAACUUCAAAUGAAACCUUUCUAUGCUUUCUUUGUACAAGAAUUCCAACGUAGCGAGAGAGUGAGAAUCUUUCUCCGGCUUCUUUUAAAAAACCAAAAGAUUAAGACAGCAAAAGAAGAUCAGAAACUUUCAGCUCAGAAGGCCGAGGCUAGUAACUGGAGAAAAGUUGCAGAGGUUGGCUUGCAUGUUCAAGUCAGAGUCAAGUAGAGAAAGUUAUGUUUCUGUCG